CCAUAAAAUCUCCGCCCAAUUCUAAUCCAUUUUUCUCACACAUUUCACUCGAGUGUUUUCACUCUGAAAUCUCCGUAAAAGUGUAACAAUGGCGGACGGUCAUCUCUUCAAUAGCGUUUCUCUCGGCGGUCGCGGCGGCAAUAAACAAGGGCAGAUUAGAGUGCAUUCGGGUGGGAUCCUGUGGAAAAAGCAGGGUGGUGGGAAAGCUGUUGAAGUUGACAAGAGUAAUAUCUCUGGGUUAUUCUGGAUGAAGGUGCAAAGAACGAAUCAACUUGGAGUUCGGAGUAAAGAUGGGGUGUACUAUAAAUUUACUGGCUUCCGGGAUCAGGAUGUUGCCACUCUGACAAGUUUCUUCCGAAGCAGUUAUGGAAUUACCCCUGAAGAGAAACAGCUUUCUGUUAGUGGGCAUAAUUGGGGAGAUGUUGAGUUCAGUGGGAAUAUGUUGGCUUUUAAGGCUGGUUCAAAACAAGCUUUUGAGCUGUCUUUAGCUGAUGUCUCACAAACUCAGAUGCAAGGAAAAAAUGAUGUUCUAUUGGAGUUCCAUGUGGAUGAUGCAACUGGUGCCAAUGAGAAAGAUUCGCUUAUGGAGAUCAGUUUUCACAUACCAAAUUCUAACACCCAGUUUGUUGGUGAUGAAAAUCGCCCUUCAGCUCAAGUUUUCCACGAUAAGAUCAUGUCUAUGGCUGAUGUUGAUGCGGAAGAGGCUGUUGUCACAUUUGAUGGUAUUGCUAUCCUUACUCCGAGGGGUCGGUAUAGUGUUGAACUACAUCUUUCAUUUUUACGUCUGCAAGGACAAGCUAAUGAUUUUAAAAUCCAAUACAGCAGUGUUGUUCGUCUAUUCUGUCUCCCUAAGUCGAAUCAGCCACAUACUUUUGUUGUUAUCACUCUUGAUCCUCCAAUUCGUAAAGGGCAAACUCUGUACCCACAUAUUGUGAUGCAGUUUGAGACCGACUAUGUGGUUGAAAGCACCCUCUCAUUGAGUGAGGAACUUUUGUUAACCAAGUACAAAGAUAAGUUGGAAUCUUCUUACAAGGGUCUAAUCCAUGAUGUAUUUACAAACAUAUUACGUGCACUAUCUAGCGCCAAGGUUACUAGGCCUGGAAAAUUCCGCAGCUGCCAAGAUGGCUAUGCUGUCAAGUCAUCACUGAAAGCUGAAGACGGAAUUCUGUACCCACUUGAGAAGAGCUUUUUCUUCUUGCCCAAGCCUCCAACCCUUAUUCUUCAUGAGGAGAUUGAUUAUGUGGAGUUCCAGAGGCAUGUUGUUGCGGGGUCCAAUAUGCAUUAUUUUGAUCUCCUUGUAAAAUUGAAGACAGACCAGGAACAUCUCUUCCGGAAUAUCCAGAGGAGUGAAUAUACCAACUUGUUUGAUUUCAUCAGCGCUAAGGGCUUGAAAAUCGUGAAUGCAGCAGAUGGUGCCAAUCAACCUUCCAUUGCACCUCUGAGUAGUGAUGAUGAAAAUGUUGAUCCUCAUAUGAAUAGAAUAAAGGAUGCACAAGAUGAGAGUGAUGAAGAGGACGAAGAUUUUGUUCUAGACAAGGAUGAUGGAGGUUCACCAACUGAUGAUUCUGGAGAAGAUCAUUCCGAUGGUAGUGUUAGUGGUGAUGAAAAAGAGAAGCCCGCCAAGAAAGAAAAGAAGGAUCCAGCAUCAUCGAAAGCUUCUUCAAGCAAGAAGAAACCUAAAGAUGGAGAUGAAGAUGAAGAUGAAGAUGGAUCGAAGAAGAAAAAACCAAAGAGGAAAAAGGAUCCAAAUGCACCAAAGAGGGCAAUGUCUGGAUUUAUAUUCUUUUCUCAAGCUGAACGGGAGAACACAAAGAAAGAUAACCCGGGAAUUGCAUUUUUAGAUAUAGGGAAGGUUCUUGGGGAGAGAUGGAGGAAUAUGUCAGCCGAGGAAAAAGAACCUUAUGAGGCAAAAGCUCGUGCUGACAAGAAGCGAUACCUUGCUGCGCUUGAUGACUACAAGAAUGCGCUUGCUGCAAUUUCGUACUCGGGGGACGAAUCUGACAGUCCUUAAGAGUAAUCGAUAUUCUCCUUUGAAUGUGGAUGUAUGUUGCUUUAUAAGAAUACAUUCCAUAGUUGUGUUCUUUUGUUCAGGUCAAGUAUAUGUUAAUCAACCAAGCAACCGGUCUCAUUUUGAGCUUGCAGGGUGGUGUAGAAGCAUGAGUUCCUGUAUUUUGAGCUCUCGAGCAUUUUAGGUCACUAUUAACAAUGCUCCUCUUCUGAGUUCUGCCCUAACCAAUUUGUGCUCAAUGGAUGCCAAUUAAAAUGGGAAUAUAUUAUUCUGAAA